CCUGCUGCUGUCGUCCCAGCCUGGGGGCAAUGGGGAGCAGGGCACAGUGGAGCUUUGGCUUCUCAUCCGGAACGUGGACGCUGUUGAGAAAAGGUGAGUCUCCCCUGCCCUCUCCACAAUGUCCCACCAGGGAGGCAUGUGUCUGACAGAGUCUCACCUUCCGAGUGAGAGAGAGAGAAAGAGUCUGUGGGUGGUCAGAGCUGGGAUGGGCCCAUUGGCAUCAGUGGGAAUCACGCAGCUCACGCCCCCAGAUCUGGGGGGCGGGAGGGGGGGGCGUGUGUUGAACCAAGGGUCUGUCUCCUGUUUACAGGCACCACUCACAUUCUUCAUCAUUCACUUAUCCUCCCUUGGUGCCCGUCCGCCAUGGUGACCCAGAGAACAACAGAGUGGAUCUCACCAACUCUGCCCCCAGCACAGAGCAGGGGCUGGGAUGAGACACUGAACUCUGCCUUCAGCUGACAUUGCUGCAUGUCCCAGUCGAGCGCUGCAUCCAGCAUGGGGCGAGCAGCUGGUUAGGGGACAGGACAGGCUUUCGCCUCUUUUUCCAUUCUCUCCUCUGCCCUUGGGGCUAGCCAGAUGGUGCAGCUCAAGCCCUGUGCAAUAACCUCUCUUCUUUUCUGUGACUCAGUGUUCAGAACCUAGGCUGGUACCAAACCUCCAGGACUAACAGCUCCCACCGAGAGACCAGGUUUGGCUUUUACUCCUGUAUUGGCUCUAACCCACCUAAAACGCCUGGCUUGGCACUAACCGGUGACCAGCUUCCCGCUCACACAGCUGCGCUGGGCUGGGGCACCAGGGACCUGUGUCUGCAACGCUUGCUUUAGUAUCCUCUCUGCAGAGAGGUGGGGAGGACACUGGCCUCACUGCUUCUGUCAGGAGUGGGGGAAAGACAGGGCAGAAGGUGGGGCGGGGCAGUCAGAGUGAACGGUGCUUCCAUCUUACUAUUCAGGGAUGAGCUAGCUUUCCUCUGGUGACAGACAAUGCACCUGAGCUGCUCCGGAAGGACUGGAAACCCCCAUCCUUUACACCCAGGGGAUGGAUGGAAUAAUACACACUAACUCAUGCUUCGUACCGUCAUCCCCUUCAGACCCUCCCAUGCACAUGCUCCCACAUUUGCAUCUACACAUGCACAGACACAGUCACGCUUCCACAAUCACACAUUCACCCAUCCUCCAGGGCAGCCGCGAGGGCAAACAAUGCAAGCAACUGCCCAGCACAGAUGCGCCUCUCCAGCAACCUGGGCAAUAAGGCCACUAGACAUAUUCUUACAUACGUAUGUUCUCAUGCACACAAGUUCUCACCUGCCUCUUUUUACACACAUGUACCUACGCUCACACGCACCCACGCUCGCACGUGCAGCAGCUGGACUCCACCUUGGGGGUUUGGAUUGUGGUUGAUCCAAGAGACAAGGACAUAGGGUCUGACUCCCAGCUCCUGUCUGGCAUCUCCCCACAGGAUUGCAAGUUCCUUGGGCACAAUCACACUCAAGUGCAAAGACCUGAAGGUGCUGCAGCUGGAGAUCCCGGGCCCUCUCUUCUAUGGAUUCAGUGAUGAUGAUGUACCCGUUCUUCUACAGACCCCAAAGCAUGAAGCUCAAGGAUGGAUGGCAGCUUUACCCUCUCCAACAUUACUACCAACAAAUCGCCGCUGAGACAAGUGCUUGGAGGCUGAGUUGCAUUAACGGGGAUUUCACCAUCUGCUCCAGUUACCCACCAGCUGUAAUUGUACCAGCCACGGUGGAUGAUAAGGUCUUGCAGAAGGCUGCCCGGUUCCGCCAGGGGGGACGAUUCCCUGUCCUCAGCUACUAUCACAAGAAAAAUGGGACGGUGAUGCUCCGUAGCAGCCAGCCACUGAUAGGGCCCAACAGGAAGCGCUGCCAACAGGAUGAGCUGUUGCUCAGCACUGUCCUGGAUGGAGGGGAGCGCGGCUUCAUCAUCGACACCCGCUCAGCUCAGGCAGCCAAGCAGGCUCGGAUGAUGGGGGGUGGCACAGAGCCCAAGUCUUCCUAUCCCCGCUGGAAGAGGCUGCACAGGCCACUGGAGAGAGGCCGCCUGCUCCAGGAGAGUUUCAUUAAGCUGGCAGAAGCCUGCAACGACACUUCCCUCAGCAUGGACCGCUGGCUGAGCAAGCUGGAGGGCUCCAAAUGGCUGGCCCACGUCAAAGCGGCCCUGAGCACCGCCUGCCUGGCGGCCCAGUGCAUGGAGAGGGAAGAGGCCUGCAUCCUGGUGCAUGGAGCCGAAGGGACAGAUACCACCCUGCUGGUGACAGCUCUGGCCCAGGUGAUCCUAGACCCCAACUGCAGGACGCUGACUGGGUUCCAGGGGCUGCUGGAACGGGAGUGGAUAGAGGCAGGACACCCGUUUCACUUCCGCUGCGCCCACUCCGCAUACUCCCAUGCUCGGCUCAAGCAGGAGGCUCCCAUCUUCCUCCUCUUCCUCGACUGUGUCUGGCAGCUGGGACGCCAGUUCCCCUUCUCCCUGCAGUUUAAUGAGCGCCUCCUGCUGGUGCUGUUUGAACACACUUAUGCAUCUUGCUAUGGGACCUUUCUGUGCAACAGCGAGAAGGAAAGGUGCUUGUGUGAAGUGAAGGAGAAAACUCACUCCCUCUGGUCCUGGCUGAACCAACCCAGCGAGCUGAACACACACCUGAAUCCCCUGUACACGUACAAUGCCCUGGUCAUCUGGCCGUCCGUGGAGCCUCAGAGCCUGCAGCUCUGGCAAGGUUUGUUCCUUCGGUGGAUCCGAUCCUCUCAAUACUUAGAUGAGGCCUGGGCAGAAAUCCACCGACUAGUAACAAGCUGUGAAGAUGCCCCAGAGGAGAGCGCAGGGCGCACACUGUGCCACUCACAACCAGGUGCUGCUUACCCACUGACAAUCACAGGGACCGCAAACGAAGGAUGAACCAGGACAUCGGCGGCUGCAACAGAACAGCUGCUGGCUCAGGCUCAGCCACAUCUCCCACCUAUCGCUCAGACUGCUCCAGAGGCAGCGAGGACAGACACUGCCUCUUAGGGAGUAGGGCUUUUUGCUGGUCACCCGGGCCCUGUUGACAGCAGGCCAGGCUCUGAGCCGAAUGCUACAGGCACACAGGGAACAGAGGACACAUGGUGCAGGCACGGACCCAACCUCGUGGCACAACGCUUUGAGCAGUUACAUAGUGCAGAUUAGGUUUGUUACAGUAAAAUUGUCUCUACUCACGAAAUCUCCUUUCAAGGGAGAACGUUCAGGGCACGUCUACACUGCAAUAAAAUUCCCACAGCUCUGAGACUCAGAGCCUGGGUCAGCUGACGUGGGAUCGCAGAGCUAAAAAAAGAAGAUAUUCAGCACCAAAACCUUCCUAGUGCAGGAAGUAACUGUUCCAUGAGGAAAGUCAGCUCAGUCUCACUUCCUGCACAAAGCAAUGGGGUCAUGUGCAUUUGUCAGCUGGAAACAUAGCAGCCAGUAAUUGGUUUCUGGCUUGUUUACAGAGUCAAUGA